AUGGGUCCAGACACAAUACGGGUAACUACCCUUAAUGUAAAGGGCCUGAAUAUUCCUGAAAAAAGAUCUAAACUCCUUAAGUGGCUCAGAGACGAGAGAUUGGAUGUUGCCCUGCUGCAAGAAACACACUUUAGGAUUGGUUGCGUCCCAUCACUUAAAAGUCACUAUUACCCCCAUGUUUUCAUGGCUAACAAUCCCAAUGGGAAGACGUUGGGUGUAGCUAUUUUCUUGGCCCGUCACUUACCUGUCCUAAAUGUUUCCUCCCAUAGACUGGUAGAGGGUAGGGGUUUGUUGGUUAAGUGUGAAAUUCAUGGCCAACGCUUUUCCUUUUUAAAUGUUUACGCUCCCAACUCUAAACAACCCUCUUUCUUGACUUCGGUGUUGGAAACUGCUGAGCCUCUUCUUGAGGGAGUGGUGGUGAUGGGAGGAGAUUUAAAUUGGACGCUUGAUCCCCUUCAUGACACCUCUAGGAAGAUUGCCCUCCGACCAGAGAAGGAGUAUAGGAGAGUGCGACGUGCCCUGCUCGACCACCAGCUGAUUGACUCAUGGAGACUGACACAUCCCUCUGAGGAUAACAAGGGUCGCCCCCAACAUGAGACUAUUAAAAUUGCUAAAGCCUUUCAGGAAUACUAUUCCACAUUAUAUAACCUUUCGGGGCCAUCUGGGCGGGCAGAUAAGAUAUCCCAUCAGGCAGCCAUAUCUUCUUAUUUGAGAUCCCUAGACUUCCCGACAUUGUCCAAGGCAGAUGCCGAUGACCUGGACGUGCCCUUUUCGGCAGAGGAGGUCAUGAAAGCUAUUGAUUCCUCGCCCAAUGAUGGACCCACAAGCAGGAAUAUCUCAGAAGUACAUCUAAUGUUAUCCCUGGAUUGUGAAAUAACAGAUAAUGACAGUAGACAGGAUUCUCCAGGAGAUAAUCCCAUUACCCCAAUUAUACAUCAAGCUCUAUCAGCUGAUCCCCCUGAUCCUGGGAAAUGUUCUCCUGAUCACUCUAUUACAGCUCUGAGAUUAGAUACAGAGUUUCCCUGUUCUACAGAUGCCAAAUGUUUUACACAGAACACAAACCGUAUUACUCAUCAGCCAGCUAAGGCAGGUGAGAGGCCAUUUCCAUGUUCUGAGUGUGGGAAAUGUUUUACAUAUAAAUCAGAUCUUGUUAGACAUCAGAGAAGUCACACUGGUGAGAAGCCAUUUCCAUGUUCUGAGUGUGGGAAAUUUUUUACAAAUAAAUCAAAUCUUGUUACACAUCAGAGAAGUCACACUGGUGAGAAGCCAUUUCCAUGUUCUGAGUGUGGGAAAUUUUUUACAAAUAAAUCAAAUCUUGUUACACAUCAGAGAAGUCACACAGGUGAGAAGCCGUAUUCCUGUUCUGAGUGUGGGAAAUGUUUUGCACAGAAAUCGGAUCUUUUUAUACAUCAGAGAAGUCACACAGGUGAGAAGCCGUAUUCCUGUUCUGAGUGUGGGAAAUGUUUUGCAUCGAAAUCAUAUCUUGUUACACAUCAGAGAAGUCACACAGGUGAGAAGCCGUAUUCCUGUUCUGAGUGUAUGAAAUGUUUUCCACAGAAAUCAGAUCUUGUUACACAUCAGAGAAGUCACACUGGUGAGGAGCCAUUUCCAUGUUCUGAGUGUGGGAAAUUUUUUACAAAAAAAUCAAAUCUUGUUACACAUCAAAGAAGUCACACAGGUGAGAAGCCGUAUUCCUGUUCUGAGUGUGGGAAAUGUUUUGCAUCGAAAUCAAAUCUUGUUACACAUCAGAGAAGUCACACAGGUGAGAAGCCGUAUUCCUGUUCUAACUGUUGGAAAUGUUUUAGACAGAAAUCAGAUCUUGUUACACAUCAGAGAAGUCACACAGGUGAGAAGCCAUUUUCCUGUUCUGAGUGUGGGAAAUGUUUCACACAGAAAUCAGCCCUUGUUAAACAUCAGAGAAGUCACACAGGUGAGAAGCCGUAUUCCUGUUCUGAGUGUGUGAAAUGUUUUAGACAGAAAUCAGGUCUUGUUACACAUCAGCGGUUUCACAGGUGAGAAGCCGUUUUCAUGCUGUGAGAGAAAUAAAUCCGCUUUUGUUGAACAUAUUAGACAUUACCCAAGCACGGAACCAUUUAAAUCUUCUGGAGUAUAAUUAUCACUGUCAUGCAAUGUUCCUCAAGGGUCAAUCCUAUCUCCUAUGCUUCAUGCAAUAUACAGUCUGGUCCAUAUAUAUUGGGACAUCAACACAAUUCUCAUAUUUUGGGCUCUAUACAC